UCCAAUAAAUGCUGGAAUAUUCCCAUCAGACGAGCAUCAGAGCAUCAGGAAGAGCUGAAAUCUGCAAAGACUGAGUUUAUUAAAGAGGACAGUGAGAACAUGAGUGAUCCAGAACCCUGCAGAAUGAAACACACUGAAGAUACUGAAGAACAAAGAGACCUGAUGGAAGAGAGCGAGGAGAGUGAAGAACUGAGUGAAGUGGAGGAGGAACAUCAUGACAAACCUGGAGAAAAACCUUUGAGUCGCUCAAAGACUAAAAAGACAUUUUUAAAGAAAAGAAGAGCCAAGAAAUCUGCAACCUGCACUCAGUGUGGAAAGAGUUUCACAAACAAACAAAAUCUUGAGCGUCACAUGAGAAUUCAUACUGGAGAGAAGCCGUUCAAGUGUUUUCAGUGUGAGAAAAGUUUGACAACCAAACAGCAUCUUGAGCGUCACAUGAGGAUCCACACUGGAGAGAAGCCGUUCACAUGUGAUCACUGUGGCAAAACAUUUUGUAGGGCAUCAGCCCUUAAGGCACAUCUGACAGUUCAUACAAAGGAGAAGCCACAUUCAUGUUCUGCGUGUGGAAAGAGUUUUUCACUGCUGAAAAUUUUAAAAACACAUCAGAAAAUACACACUGGUGUGAGAGAGUUCAUGUGCUUUGAGUGUGAGAAGACUUUUACUACAGCAAACUGUUUAAAACGGCACCAGAGAAUUCACACUGGAGAACAACCUUACAAGUGUUCACACUGUGACAAGAGAUUCAGUCAGUCAUCAUCUCUGAAAACACAUGAGAGGAUCCACAGCAGAGAGAAACCUUACAAGUGUUCAUACUGUGACAAGAGAUUCAGUGAUUCAUCAACUCUGAAAACACAUGAGAGGAUCCACACUGGAGAGAAACCUUACAAGUGUUCACACUGUGACAUGAGAUUCAGUGAUUCAUCAAAUCUGAAAAGACACGAGAGGAUCCACACUGGAGAGAAGCUGCUCACGUGUGAUCAGUGUGGAAAGAGUUUCACUAUUAAAAGUCACCUGAAGAUACACAUGAAGAUCCAUAUAGUGGAGAAACCACAUCACCACAGAGAUCACGGUAAGUAA